CCUGAUCCAUGAAGUCUGAGACUGGGAGGGGCCGUCCGUGGGACUCUGCUGAGGGUGGAGACAAUGUGGGUGUUCUCACAUUCCCCUGCAAGAUUCACCUGAACACCGAAGCCUGGGAUUCAAAUUCGGCAUUGCUCGAGUGAGAGACAUACCAGUGGCAGGGGCAGUUAAACAUUCAAAGAUAACACAAUGAGUGAAUCAGCAGAGUCUUUGGCUGCCAACCUCACAAGCAGAAGAAAUGUCACCAUCGAGAUCACCAACCUGACAAACGAAUACUGCCUCAUUAACCCCAAGGUUUUCCUGGACAGUGGUUGCGUCAGCAGCCCUCCCCAGCCCACUGUCCGCCCACUGAAGACCGAAGUCUGCAACUUUUCCAAAAUCUCCGCCAAACCCACGGGGGCUGUAGGUGUCCUGACCUACGAGCUGUUUAGGCGUGGAGCCAACAGUGCCAGGGAGAUAGUUGCAUUAAUGUUCUCUGUGCCGUAUGACAUGAACAUGUACAAAAACUGGUUCGCUGUGGGCAUCUACGACCAGGGCAAAGAAUGCAACGAGAGCCUCUACAAAGAGAUGUACUACAACAAGGAGCAGAAGAGCUUUGUCCGGCAGGAGGCCAGCGGCUGUGGGCUCAACUUUGACGGCAACAGCCUUGAAAUCAAGGCCACCAUGAGCCCCAUGGGCAAGUCCAUUAUGAAGGUGGAGAUCUGGGACAAGCUUUUCUCCCAAAUGGCACAGCAGUCUAACUGAGUAGUUGAUGUUAGACAUGCUCAGCUCUGUGUAAGCCUGUGUUUGUAUAACUCCUGUUCAUGCAAUAAAAGCACAAUUACUCAAAA